GGUUAAACCAUCUCAAAGUUGACUAAUUUGCAUCCCAGACGGAUUUUAAUAUAUGCAUCAUAUUGACUUAAUUACAAUAAGCACAUUGCAUCAGCUUUGGAAGAUAUAUAAACCCCAAUUUGAGCAUUGAUUGUUAUCAGUCUUAAAAGAUUUCUAGUCCGACCAACUCAAAAUGUUCAAGAUCCUGCUUGUCUGCGCCCUUGCCGCCGUGGUGGCCGCCAACGCCAAUGUGGAGGUUAAGGAGCUGGUGAACGAUGUCCAGCCCGAUGGUUUCGUUAGCAAGUUGGUCCUCGACGACGGAUCUGCCUCCUCCGCCAGCGGAGAUAUCCACGGAAACAUCGACGGAGUCUUCGAGUGGAUCUCUCCCGAGGGUGUCCAUGUGCGAGUGAGCUACAAGGCCGACGAGAACGGUUACCAGCCCCAGAGCGACCUCCUGCCCACUCCUCCUCCAAUCCCAGAGGCCAUUCUGAGGGCCAUCGCCUACAUCCAGGCUAACCCCAGCAAGAACUAAGUGAACCCGCCGCCUAGGAACAUGACAGAUUGGAGACAGCUAGGUUGAGCUUGGAUUUCUCUCAACAGCUGUUUAAAAUUUAAGAAAAAUGUUAUCGAAUUCGAAAAUAAAUUGAACCUUGCAAUAUAAGCCCAGUGAAUGUUUUACUCAUCACUCAGGUAGGUUGGAAAACAGCUCCUGAUAAUAUAAGAAAAUAAUGAUAAGAAGAUUACAAUU